GGAUCAGUUAUCAAUAAAUCAGAUUGAAUAUGUUGGUCGUUCUCGUUUGUUUGAUGGUAGGAGUCCUCAAGUCGGCUCCAGUGAACAAGAUAGGAAGUGAUCCCAGUCUCUGGUACCUUGCAAUGAACCUCAACCCUUCUGACGGCCACAUCAUGGACUACACGACGGGCUGGGCCAGAGAUAAGUUUAUAGGGACCUACAGUGGAGCACUGAGCAGCGAUUAUUUAAACAGGGUUAUCUGGGGUCACCCAGUGAGCUACAUAGCGAUAGUUAGGCAUCACAAGGGUGAAGUGGAGGCAGUGAAAGUGUUUCGGUUCAGAGAAAGUGCCAGGUCCCUCCUCUCCAGGUUCCAAGACAUGAACCCCGGAAGGGAGGUAGUUACCGAGGGAGGACCUCUUCAGGAGGACGUUAGCAAGACAGCACAGAAUAUGGCGGAUGAUCCUAUAUUCUCUGUGGACGGAGACCUGGCUUUCAACUGGGCGUACGGUAACAACGGAGUUAGAAUCGUUCUCACGGGGGGUCAUCUAUCUGUGUUGGGAUCAAAUGACCACAACACUCACGGACUAGGGAACCACUUCGCUGUCAACCCUCAUACAGGUAUCACAACACACAUGGAAUGGGCUCACGAAAUCUCGAAUAUCCAGGGUUCAGGAAUGCCCACAGUGGUACAAGGAAUAGAUCAUGGGUCAGGAAACCAGUACAUAAACGGUCCCGUCUACGGUAAUUACGCUAUUUACGUAUCCGAACACGCGGAUACUUUCCCCGGAGACAAGCUGGACCUCGAAAUCGAAGUAGAACCAAAACUUAAGUUCUUUUAAAGUUUAUGUGUGGUCAAUUUCUUUGCAUAGUGGCAGAUAAAAUAUUAUGAUUUGUAGCGAUAAUUUUUUAAUGCUAAAAAUAUGAUGAUUUGAAUUUUAAAAUAAUAAAUAAUUUUAUGCCAAGUUUUAAUCACUGUCCUUGUUUACAAUUAGAAUAGAUAAAUCUUCCAGUUAACCUUUU